GUGUGUAUGUGUGUGUGUAUGUAUGUGUGUUAGAGUGAAUGGGCGCGGCUACGACCGUCCAGUGAGUGUCUUUUUCUCUGCAGUCGCUGGUUCACCAGAGAGACUUUAUCCCUCAGUUUCAAGAGAUUCCGCGUUUGCGAAAGCGUAUCUUACUGCGUACUCCAUUCCCCGCGGUCCACUCUCGGUUUGAUCCAGUCUCAAGAUGUUCCACACCUGCGGUCCCAAUGAGGCGAUGGUGGUCUCAGGCUGUGGGCGCUCUCCUCCCCUCAUGAUUUCAGGUGGAAGAGUGUUUGUCCUUCCUUGCAUUCAGCAGAUUCAAAGGAUAUCUCUGAAUACUCUAACUCUGAAUGUGAAGAGUGAUAAAGUCUACACCAGACAUGGAGUCCCCAUCUCAGUGACUGGCAUCGCACAGGUGAAGAUCCAGGGCCAGAAUAAGGAGAUGUUGGCCACAGCCUGUCAGAUGUUCAUGGGCAAAUCAGAAGCUGAGAUUUCUCAGAUUGCCCUGGAGACGCUGGAGGGCCACCAGAGAGCCAUCAUCGCUCACCUGACUGUGGAGGAGAUCUAUCAGGACCGUAAGAAGUUUUCAGAGCAAGUGUUCAAGGUGGCUUCUUCUGACCUGGUCAACAUGGGCAUUGGAGUGGUCAGCUACACACUGAAGGAUGUUCAUGAUGACCAGGACUACCUCAACUCUCUGGGUAAAGCUCGUACCGCUCAGGUUCAGAGAGACGCUCGUAUCGGAGAGGCACAGUACAAGAGAGACGCAGUCAUCAGGGAGGCUCAUGCCACGCAGGCGAAAGUGUCUGCACAGUAUGUGAAUGAGAUUGAGAUGGCGAAGGCCCAGAGAGACUUUGAGCUGAAGAAGGCUGCCUACGACAUAGAGGUCAACACCAAGAAGGCUGAAUCUGAGAUGGCCUAUCAGCUUCAGGUGGCUAAGACAAAGCAGCGGAUUGAGGAGGAGAAGAUGCAGGUGAAGGUGGUGGAGCGCACUCAGCAGAUUACACUGCAGGAACAGGAAAUCGCACGCAAGGAGAAAGAACUGGAGGCCAAGAUCAAGAAACCAGCUGAGGCCGAGAGAUACCGGCUGGAGAAACUCGCCGAGGCUGAACGGCUGCAGUUGAUCAUGGAGGCUGAAGCUGAGGCAGAGUCUAUUAGAAUGAAGGGAGAGGCAGAGGCAUUUGCUAUGGAAGCUAAGGGUCGUGCCGAGGCCGAGCAGAUGGCCAAGAAGGCUGAGGCUUUCAAGCAGUAUAAGGAAGGCGCCAUGGUUGACAUGCUGCUGGAGAAACUGCCUCUGAUGGCAGAAGAGAUCACCAAGCCCCUCUCUGCAGCCCAGAAGAUCACCAUGGUGUCCAGUGGAGGCUCGGAGGUGGGAGCAGCCAAGCUGACUGGGGAGGUUCUGGAUAUUAUGAGCCGCCUGCCUCUAACUGUGGAGAAACUGACUGGAGUCAACAUCUCUCAGGUUUCCUCCACUCGCAUGGGCUGAACAAGACACUGACCGAACUGGAGAGGUGGGGAACACGCAUACUGAAUGUAGUCUCCCCCGAUUAUAUCUCUAUGCAUAUUUAAAUUGCUGUUCUUUUUCUAGAAUCUCAUGGUAAUUAAGGGCUUUAUGGUGAGCUUUUGUAGUCGUCCGUUGUUUUAUGACAUUUUGUACGUUUGUCAGCAGGACUUUUCUUUUAUAUAUACAGAGUUUUUCUUUGCUCUCUUGUUUAGUCACUCUAUUGUUCAGGUGAUGUCUGUUAGCUGGGUUAGGGGUUCUGUGUUACGCAUGUCUGUUGUCUGUGCGUGAGAUUUGAAUUGUUUUUGUUCGUAUAUUGUACUUGUGAAAGCGUUCAGUUACUGAUAGUUAUGUUAUAUAUGAAGUGCAUUUUAGACUCGAGCCUUACUAACUGUGCCACCAAAGCUACUGUUUGUGUACAAUUCUACCUUUGGCCAUACAAACGUAAAUACUUGUUUAACUUGUUUGUCUAGCGGAAGACUAACGGACGAAACAGAUGCAGCUGAUGUUCUGUAACAAAGCCGUCUGAGGCAGAAACUUAUCAGUAUAUAACUGAGGAAGUUCCAAAGUGGAACGUCACCUGAACACACUCACUUUUCAUCACGUCCACCGUAUGUGGGCCGUAUCAUCUGUUUGGAGUCUUCAAUAGGAGCAGUGGUCAAAGCCCAGCUGUGAGUUUCCUAUACUUACACUGGUUAUGAGAAGAAGUGAGGGGAGCAAACUGGUUAAACAGGCAUUCAAAUUUGUGUAGCCUGAUGUGAAUGAAAAUCCAGUAAGAAAUGUGAUUGAUUGCCUUUGCUGUAUUUAUACUGUCCUCUCUCGCCUCGUGAGCUGUUCUCACUUAGAAUGCACCAGAGAGACCGUGGGUCGUACCUUACGGUCAUGUGCAAAAGUUUGAACACGUUUCAUUCAUUUUCUAAGUGACUCUCGGCAGAGAACACACCUAAAUAUGUCAUUUUUCUGCAAAGCGAAGUGCACAGUUUCUGUUUAUUUGCUAAGUUUGACAUAUUGGGAAAAAUAAAAUGUGAAAUAUAUAAAACUUUUGCCUAGGCCAUGUUUUUUUUCUCCCCAAUAUUUUAAACUUAGCAAAUAAACAGUGAUUGUGUAUUUAAAUGUGCAGACAUGUCUUCUCUGUAGAGGACGUGUUCACUUGUUUUCACUUAGAAAAUCAACUAAAUGUCAUUUGACCAGCGCUGACCAAACCCAAGUUUGGUAAACUGGCAUACGACUGUACAUCAAUACUGUGCAAAGGUUUUAGGCUGCCACAAAAAAUGUUCUAUAUAACAUUAGAAUAAAUACAAAUAAACAUAAAUACAGUAAAUUGUAGAUUCUGUUGUUUUUGAAAGUCAUUAGAACGUUUGGUUGCUGACUUCAUGCUGCACUUCAGCCGCCGUAUAGAUUUGUUCAGUUUCAUCAGCAGCGCCUGAUUUAAUUGAUUGUUUGAUUAGAUAAACUAGCUGCUGGAUGGUGACUGUAAACACUGGACUAACUCCAGGAGAAACAUCUGUUUAUUUGGGUUUUUUGAGCAAGGGCCCAGAUAAAUAGCUUUACUCGUCAUUUUCUUAGAUGUCUGAGAUGUCUAAGAAAACCUCGUAUCUCCAAAAUGGUAGCUUUAUGGGAGAAGCAAAAAACACACUUUACUUUUAAUGUAAGUCAAUGGAACCAGAGUUUUUUCCAAGUCAUUUUGGGUCAUUUGAGUCACUGUGCAGGUUUCAGGCUCCUGAGAAAAUUAUAGUUAAAGCUGCUUAUGUGGGCAAUAAGUAUUUAUUUGCUCAGAAAAACACUAAUAUUACAGUAAACACAAAUAACAUUAAUACAGUUGGUAGCGAUUUGGCAUGUCAGUGUUCGUUUAACCAUUUCCAAACAUCUCAUAGCAGCCCAGUAUUGUAAUCAUCAUCCUAGUUUUUGAAUAAUUAAUGCUUUGUUAAAGUAAACGAGCUGUGCUAGCUCAAACUAGCUCACAAGGUAUGAACAACUUACAAAAAAAAAAAAAUUACUGUAUUUGUUUAUUUGCAUUUGCACUUUCUGCACACUUUCUGCAGAGAUAAAUGGUUUGAAAUAUUGUGCUUUGGUGCCUCAGACUUUUGCACAGUACUGUAUGUGUGUAUAUACCGCUGUUGUAACAAAACCUUCUGUCUUAUAUCUAAAUUUAGCUUUACAGAAAAAGGGAAUAAUGUUACCUUUUUGAUGGAAGUCUGGACCCGUCCAGGACCCGUCCAGCUUCUUUUGCUCUUACCUAUAACUCAAGAAUAACUCUGAUGGCACUGUAGCUCUGAAUAAUAAGCCGCUCUGCUGGUUUCCAUUGGCUCAUUUGUUAUGAAACAUUUACUUACACUUAUUCUAAAGGGCAGCUGGUGGUUUUAGGUAGUGUAUUAAAAAAAACUAAAGUUUGAUAUGGCAGCAACAAAAUGUCUAUAAACCUCAGUGGCCAGUAACAAACUGGUGGAAUCAAAGCAGAACAAUUGAAUGUGAUGUCCAAAAGUGAACCACUUGUUUGGUAGUGAUAGCGGAGGUGGAAGGAAGUAUGUGAAGUGGAGGAGGGAAACGAGUGCAGAGAAAGGGUGCGGUUUCGUGUUGACCACAAAGUUUGUUAAAUCUAGGUCAGUCACUGAUGUGGUGCCACUCGUGAGACUCAGCUUGAGGGGGUUGUACUGAAGUAGGUUGUUUUUAGUAGGUGUGAAGGGAAAGAGGUGUGAGCGCUGUGCGUUUGUUCAUCUGUUACACUGUGUGCUGCUGUAAUUGGCUACCUGCUCAUUAGAGCUUCACCGUACAUCAUUUUGUUAGUUGGUGUCUUAGUAUUAGACUCUUUUAGGGUAUCAGCAAUAAUGAGAUCACGGAUUUGGAUCAAUGUUGACUCCAAAUUACUGUCUAAUGAAGUUUAUCGCUGCUGUCGGAACAAAACCUCGUACCUCCAAAAUGGUAACUUUACAGGAGAAGCAAAAAACCUACUUUACUUUUAAUGUAAGUCAAUGGAACCAGAAUUUUUUCUUAGUCAUUUUGGGCCGUUUCUUUUGGCCCAUUCAUCAUGAAAUUUACACACAAUAUAAAGGACAACAGGCAUUUUCAGAUUAUGCCACAAACUGAAAAAUGGCAAAAAUGGAGAUACGAGGUUUUGUUCCGACAGCAGCGAAAUACUUUGCUCAGCUCUUCUUUGACAAAUCAACAUGUGAAAACUUCAUUCUUGCAUUUAAAUACUGUGGCAGAUGUUUUUCUUUAUGAACUAGAUGACAUUCAAAACUCUGUGACCGAUUUACAGUAGCAGGUGAAUGUAAUGUUAUUGGGCCAUUACAGUGCUGUUCCAGAUUCCAUUCCUAACGAAGCCGCCUGCUCACCAGGUAGAAAUGGUGCCAUCUUGUGGGAUAAUGAGGAAAUGCAUUUUGGUAAUCUAAUGAGUCUAAUGAUGGUCUUAGGAUAUGUUCAAAAAAUAUUCAAAAAUUCUAGGCCUGCAUGUUCCGAUACUAAUUUUAAACCCAAAAUAUCGCAAUAUUUAUACUGUAGCAAUUUUUUUCCACCACUAGAAGUUAUACAGGGAGAUUCACUCGAAAGAGGCCCUGAAUAUUUUGUAAUAACUCUCGCUAAGAUGAAGCAAUCUGAACGAAACAACGUGCAAUCUUCUCAUCAGGAUGGUGGUGUACAGUAUUGAGCAGUGCGUCUUCAUGGUGUGAACCUAUAGCGUCACCAGUUGUUUAAGCGAUGUCAGAGUGAAUUUAGGAAGGAAUAUGGUGUUCGUGACGAACCCUCAAAGAGUGGUAUUCAGAAGAUGGUCCGGAAAACUGGAAACGACGGGAUCACUGAUCCCUUCUCAUGGCGGAGGCCGUCCGAAAAUGUCGGAGAACACAAUAGAUGACGUGCAGCAGCGUCUCGUACAGGAGACUGGGAGGUCUUACUCAACAUGUCAGAGAGCUGCAAAAAGGGCAGAAUUGCAUGGAGCGCCACGUCUGGCAGAGAACGGAGAUCACUUACAGCAUCGCAUGUAAUGCAGUCGAUUACACAGACGUCAAGGGUUGUGGCGUUUUUUUUGGUUCAGAUUGCUUCAUCCUAACGGGAGAUACAACAGAUUAUUUGGGGCCUCUUUUGAGUGAAUCUCCCUGUAUUUAUAUGAUAUUUUACUUUUGACCACAUCGUGCAUCUGUGCUAAUGAUAAUAAUACCUCAUGCAUGCCUAGUUUAUGCCUUCGCUUAUCACCAAGUGCCUGAAACCCAGUUUAUCCAGUGCUGCAUGCUGAUUUCGACUGACAUUUCCAGCUCUGCCAUUUUGUACCUCAGCUGUAGAGAAACUUCUCUGCAGUUCCACCAGUCGCUCACACAGUAGCGUUUGGAUCAGUAAAACCUUUUUCAUGUCUCUUAUUUAUAUUUUUAAUUUUUCUGUUGUUUUUGCAUAUCGGACUGAACGCUUGCCAUGUUCACACAGAUGUGGGACGAUAUUUAGGCAAAUAAUAUGAUUGUAGAAAUGUGCAUUAUUUAAAAAUGAAUAAAUAAAAUAAAUAAACCAAUUCCUCAGUU